AUGGGUGAAAGUAAAAAACGCAAAUCAUUGUGGGAUAUGGAAGAUGAGACUAUACAUCUUUCUGGAAUGAGUGAAUUCAAUUCUUCAACUGGGAAGGAUAACCAUUCAAGUUUUGAUAGUGGGCACCGCCAUGAAUUUUCUUCAUUGGGAAUUGCUAGUGCACCAAAGUCCAUAGAUCAUUCUGGAUGGGCAAAUUGGGAAUCUCCAGAGGGAAACACAGUUGCACCAGUAGUUGACAGCUUCUACAAAAAUAGACAAGAUAAUGCUGAAGUGAAGGACAUAAGCAGGGGAAAAAGCUAUAACAAAAAAUUGUCUCCAGGUUUUGAUGGAGCAGAAUGGCAUAAGCGUGAUCAGACUCCCGAAUAUGAUUGGAGCAGUUCUGGCAGGUAUCCAAGACGAGGUAGAAGUCGGAGCAGGAGCAGGAGCAGGAGCAGGGGCUGGAGCAGGAGCAGGAGCGGAAGGAGAGGCAGGAGUCGGAGCAGGGACAAGGCAAGGGGAAGAGGCAGGAGCAGGACCAGGAGUGAUGGGAGUGCAAGGGGUCAGACAAGAAGUCGUACCCCUAUCCGGGAUCAUAGACAAUCUGGUGGAUGGAGUGAUGGAAGAAGUAAGCAUGAAAAAUCAUCCCGAACCUGCAGAGAUUUUGCCACAGGAAGGUGCAGGAGAGGCAGUCAAUGUAGAUUUUUUCAUCCAGAUAAUAUCAACAGCAGUGAUCGGGACUGUGUCGAAGAUGAUAGAGCAGAAAAUUGGAGAAAUAGACCAGAGCCUGGCCAUAUUUCAGGUCAUUCUAACGAUAGAGGUCCUGGGUCCCAACCCCGAAAUGAUGUCUACGAUCCUUAUUAUAAAGAAGAUGACCAGUUCAGAAACCAAAGUAGAAACCCAUUUCCUUGCAGAGACUUUAUUAAGGGGAAGUGUCGUUGGGGAGAUACAUGCAAAUUUUCUCAUCACGAAGCUUCUGGUGAUAGUUACGGAAAAGUUUCUAGAAAUGCAUCCUCUGGUAGGGACUUUGAGCAACAUGCGAAUAAAAAUGUGAAACCCCCUUGCAAGUUUUUUGCAGAAGGCAAGUGCUAUCGGGAUAAUUGCAGGUUCUCUCAUGAGGGUCCGAAGCUGAACAAUCUUGAAGUUAGGCCAGGUGAAGACACAAGCAGCUUCAGUUUCAAUGACAAGAGUAAAUGGUGGAAUGGUCCGAGUUGGGAUGAUUCAGUCAAAGUCUCAGACACUGUGAAGUCCAGUGGGUGGACUGAAAGCGUUGUUGCUAACAUGAACGUUGUUGGUGAAACUGCUAUAGAAAAAACUGACAAUAGAUUGGACCAUAAUUUGAAAAACGAGAGCAGAACUUGGGGAAUCCCAAAACAGAAUGACAAUUAUUUGAAGAGAGAGCAGCAACUCUCUCUUCCUGGGGGAAGUGGCAGUUAUGAUGUCGACAUGGACAUUACCGAACCUAUGGGUAAAGAAAAUAUAGCUGACAAACAAGAUCGCAUUUUCGAUGAUUCACAGUUGCGAAAUGAGGAUGGAGUUUCCCACGUUUGCGGACAAAAAACAAUGCAAGAGGGCCAUGGUCUAGCUGUAAAAAUCUUGCAACAAGACUUUUUUGCUGAUUCACAUAUUCGGCAGCACCACCUGAGACCGUUAGAGGAUAAUGAUGUAAAUUUAUUUGGGUCUGAUGCUCUUGAUGAAGUAAAUGGUUCCAAAAAUGCCAAACACCCAGUUCUUUUUCCGGGACAGAUCUUCAGUCAAAAUGGUGAGAGCUUGUUCCCUCGACAUUCCUCGCUAUCAAACGAAACUGAUAGAAAGCAACAUGUGCUCAUCGAUUUGAAUGGGCCUCAGCAACUUAAAAUCUCUCCUUCAAGAUUGCAAAAUCAGAUGCAAAACCUUCAGAGUGCUGUUAAAACAUCAGAGAUGUCAGAACUCCAGGCUCCUCAAUUUGUUUCCAAUGCUCUAACCAACGAGCUGGCUGCUCAUAUGACAAAAUCACCAGUUGGUACAACUGGCGAACAGGGUGCUCCCGUAAUAGACUCUUCUGCAUUUAUGGCUCAGGGGUUUUUGAAUGAAGAACAGCAGCCUCAAGUAUUUGCAGGGUUAGACACCUCCAGUUCAACAGGGAGGAUGCCUAAUCCUAAUGCUGCACAGUUUGUACCCCUCAUCUACACAAUGAAUUCAAAUCCGGUUACAAGUUCUCUUGAUCUGUUGGAUCCCAUUAGAAAUGGCAAGGCAGAUAAUGAGAACAACCGUAAUCUAGCCUCUGCAACUGUUUCCCGUUCAGUAGAACAGAAAAAUCAUAUGCACGUUGAACAGUCCUUACCACUAUCUACUGUUGACCCUGUAUUUGGCAGUUCAACUGUGAAGCAUCAUGAUAGUCCAAAUGCAAAAGAACAGGAAAUAAUUUCAAAUUCUGAAGUCAAUGGAGGCGGUCAAACUGUUGAUGAAAGAAAGGGUGGGGAAGAAAAUAAACAUUCUGAAAAUCUGGAUGGCCAUGAGAAAGUUGAUGAAGGCAGUGCUAUGAAGGAUGACAAGGGAAUGCGAUUGUUCAAGAAUGCUCUUGUUGAGUUUAUCAAGGAGAUGUUAAAGCCUAAAUGGAAGGAAGGUCGGAUGAGUCGGGAAGUUCACAAAACCAUUGUGAAAAAGGUGGUUGACAAAGUGACCAGUACAAUUCAAGGCGAUCAUAUUCCGAAGACGCAAAAUAAAGUAGAGCAAUACUUGACUGCUUCUAAACUUAAAAUUACCAAACUCGUAGAGGCAUACCUGGAUCGAAGUCUCAAGACAGAAUCUUGA